AUGGAUGCCCCUAACAGCACGCCAGACCAGGAAGCAGAAGGAGAACAACAGUCUAGUGCAUUGCCAAUCGUUUGUGAAAAAGACAAUUCGCAGGAAACUUCCAAUGAUGCACCAAUGCCCUCUACCUCGCAACAGGAAGCAGAAACAAGACAUGCCUUGACGACCGAGCCCUUUCAACCUAUUCUGAAGGUGCUAGCAGACCUCGAACGCAACGAUCCCAAGUCCGCCUUUCCCGCGGCUCGUCUUGUCGGACUCUAUCGACGCCUAUGGGAGUCGUGCGUGUCCAAACACAUUGAUGGCCAGAAGCUAGAGCAGAGAAAUCGUAUCUUGAAGGAGGCUAGCAGACACCUGACUAAGGUGAGGGACGGACUUCAGCUGCGCCACGACAAGCAGCUGUCUCGGCUGCGCUUCUUUGAGCAGGCACUGGAAUCAUCUCGGGAUCGAUUGACUAGGAUCCUCGAUGACUGGAACCACCCUACCAGGCUCAAUCUACCAGGGUCCUUGGACAACGCAAGAGAAGGUUGA